CGUGUAUGUGCGUGUACGUCGUUUCCAUGGCAAUACGUCAUUAGCACUCGACCAAACACAGUGCAGGCGCGAGGCGAAAAAGCGUUCAAAACUAUUUAGAAAAAGUAGUUUCAAUGGAGAGUUAUGGACACAUGUUAAUAUUACGUAUUACGUAAUUCCGCGUUAUUGCUGCUGCUGCCGCCAUGACACAGUCAGUUGUUGUCCAGGUUGGUCAGUGUGGGAACCAGGUUGGCUGCAGGUUUUGGGAUCUUGCUUUGCGAGAACAUGCCCACGUCAAUAAAAAGGGAUUAUAUGAUGAGGCCCUCAGUAGCUUUUUCCGAAAUGUGGACUCAAGGGAAAGUGAUGGGGCAGCCCACGUUGUUGGCGGGAGAAUCCAACAUCUGAAGGCCAGGGCAGUGCUGGUGGACAUGGAGGAGGGUGUGGUCAAUGAGAUCCUGCAGGGCCCAUUGAGAGAAAUGUUUGACAGCACUCAGCUCCUCACUGACGUGUCAGGUUCAGGCAACAACUGGGCAGUUGGACACAUGACGUACGGCUCAGCCUACAGGGAGCAGAUAGUAGACAAGCUGCGGAAGGCAGCAGAACACUGUGACUGUCUGCAGUGCUUCUUUCUCAUCCACUCUAUGGGAGGAGGUACGGGCUCUGGCCUGGGGACCAAAGUGCUGAGCCUGCUGGAGGAGGAGUUUCCUGAGGUGUGUCGAAUUGUCACCUCCAUCUAUCCGUCUGCGGAGGAUGAUGUCAUAACGUCUCCCUACAACAGCGUCCUGGCCAUGAGGGAGCUCACAGAGCACGCCGACUGUGUCCUGCCUGUUGAAAACCAAUCGUUGGCCGACAUUGUGGACAAGAUUAAACACAUGUCUCACAGUGGAAAGCCAGGGUCGGCGAUCAGGAGAGACAGCACCCUCAUCUCUGGGCAGGGCGGGCUCAGUGGGCCCGAGAAGCCCUUUGAUGCUAUGAAUAAUAUUGUGGCUAACCUGUUUCUCAAUAUUACCAGCUCAGCUCGUUUUGAGGGAUCUCUCAACAUGGAUCUGAACGAGAUUGCAAUGAACCUGGUCCCCUUCCCCCGACUACACUACCUGGUGCCCAGCCUCACCCCCCUCUACACGCUGGCAGAUGUCAGUGUCCCCACCAGAAGACUGGAUCAAAUGUUCAGCGAUGCCUUCAAUAAAGACCACCAGCUAAUCCGAGCUGACCCGAAGCACAGCCUCUACCUGGCCUGCGCCCUCAUGGUCAGGGGCAACGUGCAGAUAUCUGACGUGCGCAGGAACAUUGAGAGGCUUAAGCCUUCGCUACCCUUUGUCUCGUGGAACCAGGAAGGCUGGAAGACGGGCCUGUGUUCAGUGCCUCCCGUGGGUCACUCCCACGCCCUGUUAGCCCUGGCCAACAACACCUGUGUGAAGCUCACAUUCACGGAGCUGAGAGAACGCUUCUUCAAACUCUACAAGAAGAAGGCACACUUACACCACUACCUGCAUGUAGACGGGAUGGAGCAGAGCUUCUUCUCAGAGGCCAUCAGCUCUGUCAGCUCACUGAUCGAAGAGUACCAACAUCUAGAUGCCACCAAGGGGACACUCAUGCUAGACGCACCCAGACUCCGCAUUGCCAGAUGAAGGUCUGCGCUGCUGUAUAUCUUUGUGUAGAUGUAAAAGAACUGUGUUCAUGCUUGGAAAUGUUUUGGCUAAACUCGAUCAGAAUAUCUGUUUCAACACAAAUGUAGGGUGCCCGGAUAGCUCAGUUGGUAUAGCAGGCGCCCAUAAAUAGAGGUUUACUCCUCGACACAGCAGGCCAGGGUUGGACUAUGCCCUGCAGCCCUUUGCUGCAUGUCAUUCCCCCCCUCUACCCUUUCAUUUCUUCAGCUGUCCAAUCAAAGGCUGUAUAUGCCCAAAAAAUUAUCUAAAAAAAGAAGAAAAAAAAACAAAAAUAUUAUAAUAUAUAUAUAUUAUAAUAUAUAUAUUAUAUAUAUAUAUAUAAUAUAUAUAUAUAAUAUUAUAUCAGAAAUACUUUACAUAUAUAUACACGGUAUAUCUAUAUAUAUAUAUACACUGUAUAUAAAUUAUGUUUCAGUUAAGUUAAUGGUGUAAAAUGCAAGUGUAACGUUUUUCCUCUUUAACAGAAUAUCCGUUUAACCAUUUACUUUAGCUUUGUCUUUACAAGAGUCAGCAAAAGGAGGCUGAUGCCGGAACUAGUAACACAAGACCGUUGGCCAUACUUGGACACCCCCUGUCCUCGCUGUAAAGCCUCACUGGGCGCUGCUGGUUUUUCAGGGUAUUAACAAUAUUAACAAGUCGCACAAAUUAACAAUUAUUUAUUAAUUAAUCAAUGCUGUCCACACAUCCAGGACCGUACUUCCGCUCUUCACAAUAAAAUGUAAAAUGACAUGCUUCCAUUCAUUCAGUAUACUCUCCUUCAUUUCCACUUUAUAAAGUUAUACCGCGUAAUUUGACAUGCAAAUGUCCUUAUACUAUAUAAAUACAGCACAUUUACAUUUACAUUUACAAUUAUACUGUGCAUACAUAUGAAAACUCACAUGUAGAUUCUUAGAUGUUUAUAAAUUAAUUUUAUUUGCACUUUGGGGGCAAUCGUCCAGAAAAAGUACCGGAUUUGUCCUGAUAAGGCCAAUAACAGCAAACGGUGUCUGAAGAUGGAUGACGUUUCACCAACAAUUAUUUUUCAAUAAGGACUUCACACAAUCAAAUCUUUUGUGUAUAUAGCUUUAUAAGUUAUAUGUCAAUAUUGUCUAAUGUGUGACCAGAUUAAAAAUAAGCAGGGACAACAUGUAAAAAGAAUCUGUAGUGUGACCUAAUUUGCCAUGUGUUGGCUCCCUGAACAUAGUAUUAUGAGGUACUGUUAAUGUGUGCUAUUGCACCUAAUGCACUGGCCAUAUUCCAAGUUGUAAUUGCACAUACAGUAUCUUUACUGAAGACAGGGUUUAUAAAAUAUUCUAUCAUAACU